AUGGCUUCCUCAACCCUCCCUUCGAACGGCCGCCUCGGUGUGGCAAGCGAUGCCCUCAAUUGGCAAGCCGUGGUGCGGCUGCUGGGUCCCUCGCUGCGAAGCUACACCUACGACCGUUCCGGCUAUCACAACUCGGAGUGCUCGCCUCUCGCUCCCUCGGCCGAGAACGUUGCUCUGGAGCUCUCUCUUCUGAUCGAAAAGGCGCCCAUCCCAAACCCUCUGAUCCUUGUGGGGCACUCCUGGGCCGGCGUGCUUACGCACGAGUACAUCGCCCUAAAGGGAACUGACCAAAUCGCCGGUUUGGUGUUUGUGGACGUCAACCAUGAGACAGCGCCACUGGUGAUGGACGUGAACGAUCCAAUUCUCUGGACUGUUGCUGCGGGUGUUGAGCCAUACUCUGCCUGGGGGGUGGAGGCGGAGCACAAGUUGACGCAGGAGGAGUGGGACGCGUUCAGGGCGGCGGAAACAACUGAGAAGUUCAAGCUGAUUGAGCGCAAGGAGGACGAGAACUACAUGCCAAGUUUCGAGACGCUGCGGAAGAAGGAGCUGGAUAAGAAGCAGCCACUGGUUGGAGACAAACCGGUUUAUGUGAUUGGGGGCACACGAAGCAGAGAUUGGAGUGGAUUGUACAAGGUGGGCGUUGCUAAAGGGAACGGGACCGAGGAGCAGAGGAGCCAUGUGAGAGAGUUGAUCAAGACGGUCGAUGCGAAGAAUGAGGAUCUCAUGAAGGAAUUCUUGAAACUUUCUACCAAGAGCGAGCUUGUUUUCGCCACCGAGAGUGGACACUUUGUCCAAAUGACUCAGCCGGAAAUUAUUGUUGAUGGUGUGAAAUGGGUCCUAGAUAACCUCCCAGCAUCUCCUUAGUUGCGGAGAAUAAGUAAUAUUAACACUUAGCACCCAAGUCUAGUGGAU